CCGUCCCGAGCUGGAGCUGUCCCCCACUGUCCCCAAGGUACCUUGUCCAACGUCCAUGUCCCUGUCCCUGCAUCAUCAGCUGCACUCCACAGCUCUUGCAUGCUGGCAGCUAGAUUGUAAUCCUCCUCACAUCUUGACUCCUCUUUCUCCUAGUUUUCUCUCUCGUAUGUGUAAUUCCUCAAUCCUCACUUUCGUCGUUCUCAAUCGUUGCCUCUUUAUCUCAUUGCGGCAUCUACGAUGACAACCUUCAUUAGUGCUGCUGACGGCAACGAGGUCUUUCAAGUUCAGUAUAUUCCCAAACAAAAGGCUCCUCCGGCUUCGGACGAUCCCAGCAUGUUGGCAUAUAUCUCAACAUACCCAGCUCUGGGUCAGGUCACACAAAUCGAGAAGCACACGACUGUCUUCACAGCGUUGCUCGAGGUUGACCACAGUCGAGCUUCACAGUCGUGGCAAGUCUCCCUGUGGCACUCUGAAGGACAGGAGUGGCGAGAAGCGCCUAUGGAACCCGUGACCAAAGCCGUUUCGGCUCCUUGCGAAUUGCAAGUCAAGGACGGAUCUCCUGCUGCUGGUCAGAGGAGACUUUACUUCACGACUCCAUUGGCCAUCCACCUUCCUACGAACUUCACAAUUAAGUUCCGUGCUGGCCCAGCCGAGUCGUGGAAAUGGGUUAAGGAUCACCAGGGUACAGCCGAUGGGGUCGUCAUGUUAAGCACGGUGACCAGUCAGGACUCCAUUUCAAGUGAACUGGAAGAAUAUAUCAAGGAUUUGAAUCCGAUCCUGAAGUCGAAAAACUAUCGAAGCCAAUCGCCUGGAACUACGCUUUGGUCGGUUGAAGCCCCUGUUGAAGGAGCAGAUGGAGAGAAGUCUACAAUCACAGACAUAAAGUUCGGUCUGCCAUGGGGAGUUGGAAAGUUCUCAAGAUGGUUCGCCCUCGUUCGGAUCUGGUCGCCAUGGCUGGCUCCUCGCCAGGGAAAGUCUGUAUUCGGACUUGACAAAGAAGCGGUAAUGUGCUCAUUCCUGAGUCUCACGGGGAAGCAUUUGGUUCUGCUAGCUAUCACUGGUGUUGACGAUGUCAUGACUUUAUUCACAAGCGACAGCGAUGGAAACGUAGUCUUACAUAUUCGGAACGACAGUGCUGAAAGCAAAGUAUCAAGGGUUCUUGUUGGCCUCGGUGAUGAUUUUGAAUCUGCCAACGCAGCAGUAAUGUAUCAUGCUCGAGGGAUCAUCUCCACAGCACAAGCUGUCAGUGGGGAGAAGCAAAAAGAGAUCGAAGCAUUAAAUGAAGGAGAUGAGAAGACCAAAGUAUGGGCCGAGAAUUGGUAUGACGGACUAACAUAUUGCACAUGGAACGCUCUAGGGCAGCGACUCACAGAGGAGAAAGUCCUCAAAGCUGUCACUACCCUUGCAGAGAACAAAAUCAAUGUCACUAAUUUCAUCAUCGAUGACAAUUGGCAAUCAAUUGAUUACCGUGGGCAUGGCCAAUUUCAACACGGCUGGAAGGAGUUCGAGGCAGAAAGAGACGCUUUCCCUCAGGGUUUGAAGCACAUGGUCAAUCUCAUCCGAGAGAAGCAGCCUAGCAUACAACAUAUAGCAGUCUGGCACGCUAUCUUAGGAUACUGGGGAGGACUUGCUCCGGAUGGCAAAAUUGCCAAAACAUACAAAACCCUGGAGGUAGUUAGAGAAGAUGCCGAGAGGAGAAACCUUCCUUUGGGAGGUAAGAUGACGGUCGUGGCGAAAGAAGACGUUACCAAAUUUUACGACGACUUCUAUCGCUUCUUGUCGUCUUGUGGUGUGGAUGCGGUCAAGACCGAUGCUCAGUUCAUGCUCGACACAUUCAUUUCCGCUGAAGCUCGUCGUGAUCUGAUUCCAGCUUACCUGGACGCGUGGAAUAUUUCUACUCUCCGACACUUUAGCGUGAAGGCAAUUUCCUGCAUGUCUCAAACACCACAGAUCCUGUUCCAUUCUCAAAUGCCGACAAACAGACCACCACUGCUCGUCCGAAAUUCAGACGAUUUCUUUCCCGAGAUUCCCACCAGUCACCCGUGGCAUAUCUUCGUCAAUGCACACAAUGCGUUGUUUACACAGCAUUUAAACCUCAUUCCUGAUUGGGACAUGUUUCAAACUGUUCAUGAAUACUCUGGUUUCCAUGCUGCAGCGAGAUGUGUCUCUGGAGGUCCAAUUUACAUCACAGACGUUCCUGGAGAGCAUGAUUUGGACCUCAUCAACCAGAUGACUGGACCAUCGCCUCGAGGCAAGACGAUCAUUUUCAGACCGAGCGUCGUGGGAAAGAGUCUGGAUCAAUAUAACGGCUACGAUGAUGACCAUCUCCUACUUGUUGGUACAUAUCAUGGUGCUGCAGUGACUGGAACUGGCAUUAUCGGAUUCUUCAACGUCUCUCAGCGUCCUCUUACCGAGCUAAUUCCACUCUCCAAAUUCCCUGGCGUGGUCGAAGCGCAAUACUAUGUGGUUCGUGCACACUCGAGCGGCCUCGUCACCAAGCCCAUGCAAGUAGUCGACGCCAACAGCCUCGUCACUAUCUCCCUUGGUGUUCGUGGCUACGAAAUUAUGUCCGCUUACCCUCUCCGUGGAUUCUUCGACGAGACGAAGAAAGAGACAACUUGGGUUGCUAACCUUGGACUUCUGGGUAAAAUGGCAGGCGCUGCCGCUGUGGUUGCGAAUCAUCUCACAAAAUUAGAGAAUGGAAAGAUUGUGAUUGAUACAAAUAUCAAAGCCUUAGGUGUUCUUGGCCUCUACAUCUCCACUCUCCCAACCCUCUCCUACAAAGACAACAUGAUGAUUACCAUUCAAGGCAAAGUCCUCCCUGUCCAUACCGUUACCAUCAGCAAAGUAGACGACCAUGUAUUAGAAGUCGAUGUGGAAACUGCAUGGAAAGAACUGGAUCUAGAAGCCGGAUGGAGCAAUGAGGUCCAGGUCAAGAUUUACAUAAAUCACACUUAAAGAUAAGAAAUGGCUUGCCUUUUGAAGCGCAUAUAAGAGAGCAGAGGGCAAGUGUGGAUAAAUUGCACACCAGUGCUGAUGAGGAGAAGAACUAUAUCGAGGUAUAUAAAAUAGACACUCAUUAUAAACAAAAGCACUGCUACACCUCAUCCAAGCUCAAACCAUGCCUUCUCCCCUUCCUAUCAUUCUCAAAUCACUAAGAUCGU